AGGGCCGGCCUUUGAGUCAAGUGACAGAAAAACAACCACAGCCCCGGGGCAUCUUAGGGCCUGCGUGGUGUUCUUACGUAGCAGAGACGACGUGACUCCUUCCUCGCGCUAUUAUAAAAUAGUCGUAAGGGUCUCUGUCAUUUCAUAAGCAGCAAGAGAAUUAAUUACUCAACUUUUACAUAUAGAAUCUAGGUCUAUUAUAGCCUUACUCCUCCCUAGUGUUUGAGAAUAUUCUUGUUCUUGUUUUGCAGGUUUAAAAAGAAACCAGGUUGGAAAAUCUGUAACGUAUCAGAUUUUAUAUGCUCCUCAAUCAUCAAAUUAAUCGUUCAAUUUAAUGGUAGUACUAGUAAGGAGGCUCCUUUGUGUUCUGUUUUUAUAACUUCUUGCUCUUUUGUUCAAUCAUCAUGCUCUUUUGUUCAAUCAUCAGUAUCUAGUGUUCCGCUAUUCCUUCGAAACCGGAGCGGACAACGACAGGGGACCGGAUAGAACUACAAGCAAAACCAAUCAUCUUAUCAGCAAGAAUCUUAAGGUUUUUUUUUGUUUUUUCGAUUAUCACCAAUUUCUGCAUAACUUCAUAGAAUAUUUUUCGGCACAACAACUUGAUCAUCCUUUCACGAAUCACCUUCGAAUACAACAACACCUUAAGGGAUUAAAAACAACGACGAAACAUUAAGGACACUACAACUUAAGACAUUCUUGUUAUCUUCAUUGUAUGUUUGAACUUCUCCUUAUCAAUGAUCUGAUCGUGCUCGUGACAUCUGAUUUAUUCAGAACAGCAGUACACAUUUAUAACAACAAAAUAUUUUGUAUUUUUUUUACCAGCACCGAGACCGACGGCGACGGCGAUCCGGAAACGGUUGAACCAAUAAGGAUUUUCUUAACAAACAGCAUUGCCAUCAUUUUCAUCUCAUCUAUCAAGAACUACUGUCUCUCAAUUUCAUCAAAAGAAUAAGUUCUACAACAACUAAAUCAUAACUUCAUCAAGCAACAACUUAAUCAUUACCUCAUUGACCGUAGCAACUUAAUCAUUAAAUCGUCAAUCAUUAGUAGUCCGAUUAUAGAUCUUAAGGCAUUGAAUCUUCAGGCUUUUCAAUCGCGUUAUAAGGCAUGUUUUUUUCCGUCGCAAGACCGACGUCGUAACAGCGGAGCUCACCGAAAACGAAACAGCAGCGGGACUAUAUUUUUCUAUCAGUCAUAUCGUAUUGUUCUAAAUUGUUGGAAGUCACUCGUUAAAGUCACAAGGUUACCGCCUGUUGUUAGCAAGCAAUACCUCGAGUUCUUAGCAUUAAGAUAAUAUCUUUUACUUUUUAUGAUCGUCAUAUAAUCGAGCACUUCUUGCAUAUUUUGAAACUAUACAGCAAGUACUUAGCCUGGUCAGUAAUCUAGAAAGACAAACUUCCUUCAGCGCAUUGAAUGAUCUUUGAGUACUCUCAGACGUUUUCUCUCUACUUCACUCCUCUUCAUCUUUCUGUCAAAAACGGACCUUACAAAUACACUAAAGAGAUGUCUUCUUCGGCGCCGCCCGCUUCGUCUCCUAGUGGUAAAGAGCCGGGAACCACUGCGCGCAUUCUUGAGGUACACCUUGUGGCGACCGCAGGUGUGCGGCCUAUCGAGAUAACAGAAGAGGCAUGCAGAUCAUGUUCAUUUCGCGGCGAUAAACCUAUAUGGGCGAGGGGCUUUACGGUGGAUGAUGCACGACACUUCCUAGCUGAGCACUAUGAUCCCGCGCACUUAUGUAUCCCGGAAAUGUUCGAUUUGUAUCCUAUGAAAGAGAUGAACCAAGACGAUACAAAAGAGCAAGAGGAUCAUCGUCGCUCCUCCUCCGGCGGUCUCCCUUCUUCUGAACCGGAAGUCUCUUUCGCUGAGCCAGAUCUUUCAGCGCGUUUCGCGGACGACUUCGAACUUUUUCGUAGACACGGGGUGCCUGAAUCUGUGAAGCAACGCCUUACAGAGAAGAUGCCUGAAGAGAUUUUGAAUCAAGCACCUCCAUCAGAUCCGAGUAGUAGUAGUUCUGGUGCAGACGGUACUAGCAACAUGACUGCGAAAGUAGUCUCGGGGGCUCAGACUGAGGAGCGACCUGCAAAUGGAGUAGUCAAAGUGGGUCUGGUGGUGCGACAAGGCUUUACGUUGGGGCAAAUGCGCAGCUUGUUAGUUAACGAGCAUCUUCAUGCCAGUGCCAGGAGUUCGGGCACAACUGGUGAAAGGGAGCAGCAUGGAGGUAACUUGGGAUCCGGAACUAGUCACAGCAGCAAGCGUAGAAAGCUCCACAAGUGUGUUCCAAAGCACGGCCAAACAGUCCAGCAGCUCGAAGCAACAUUAGCUAACUUAGGGCCUUCCUUUGCUUUGCCGCCUUUUCUGGCCGACAUGCUACGAGAGUCCCCCGAAUGGAAGCUGCGCAAAGGGGUAACUCUGAAGCUGAAUCUGCAGCGCAGAAUAAUUGUCGAUCGAUCUGGGUGCAUAUUACGACGACAGCAAGAUACAACGUCUGGAUGGGCGCAGCUGCAACACGAAGGGAAGCCGCUGGACAAAGAGCGGCCGCUGGACGGAGGGGGGCCGCUGGACGAGCUGUUUCACCUGGGAACUGUUGUGCGCGAGGAGAAGGACGUUCCAACGACGUAUGAGUUGUAUGUGAAUUUGGACGCGAGUAAGCGUCGAAAAUUCGGCUCGGUUUCGUUGUACUCUACUCAGGAUAUGUCGGUUGAUGCUGAGUCGGACUCUCAGGAAGAGGAUGAGGAUGGGCCUUUGAAUAAGGUGCGCAGGUCCUGGCCAGCACCGUUUGAGGUCUUUGCGCGUUUCCUCGAAACGAGUGACCUUAAUUUGUUCGAAGCGCGGAAUGAAAUUAAUCCCUAUUUGCGGCUGAUGCAAAGAGCUGGAAAAGGCGAUGCAGAAGCCUUUUCGUUCAUGGGAAAGGCAUUUGUUCGUGAAAGAGAUGCGCGCACCGGAAUGAUUCUAUACAAAAAAGUUCGAAGAUGA